CUGCCUCCGCCGUCCGCCUCUGCCUCCGCCGUCCGCCUCUGCCUCCGCCGUCCGCCUUUGUCUCCGCCGUCCACCUCGUCCUCCGCCGUUCGCCUCUGCUUCAGAUCGCAAAAAUUUCGAGUUGGUUUUUUCUUCCUUAAGUUCCUAUUUAUAAGUAGGAUUAAUGAUGACGAUGAUGAUGCGUUCCAUAAUAUCCUUUCGUUAAAUGCAACUAUGUUUUCUGCAGAGUUUGUUAUGUCUACAAAUUCAAAGAAUCCUACAUCUUCUUCGGUUGACAAUAGAGUGGGUCCUGACUUUUUUGGGUUUUUCACUACCCAAGUUGUUGAAUUAUUGUCUAGAGAUGAAGGUAAAGAUGAAGUUCCUUUGCCCUUAUCACAUUCGAUUUCACAUUUAGCUAAUGAGGUUCGUGAAGGAAAGAGGUCAACUAAGAAUAGCAAAUCCAAAGAGAAUAAUUGUGCCAUCGGUUCCGAAUCAUUGUUCGAUAAUGGUGUAGGAGCUUUGCUCUCAGAUUCAAAGCGAGAGAGUCUCAAAUCUCUACUCCGACAAAGUGUUUUUACCCUUACUAAGGAGGUAGAUGAGAUUGUCGAUCCUAUUCUCUCCAUAUGCCGUAUUCAUUCGUGCUUGAAAUGCAAGGAACAUCUUUUAUGCCUGGAUGCCUCAGCGUGCAAAGUUGAUACACAACAACCACACAAGAAGCUCAAACAUGGAUGCUUGAUUGAUGAUGACAUGCGGAUUCUUUUAGAGAGUGAUACAACUAAGGUUGAGGAACUUGUGAAGAAACAAACCAAUGAAUUUUCUACCACGGUAAAGUUGCAUCACAUGGAGAAGAAGCUUGAAGAACUACUGAACACUUUGAUGACCAGUUGUAGGCCAAUGACCCUUGCCGAGAAGCAACAGCUUCGUAGAUCUAUCCAGAAUCUACCACCAAGAAACCUUGACCGAGUUGUGGAAAUUAUUAACCAAAACAAGCUGCCAUCUGGAAAAUAUCCGUUCGGUGAAGUUUAUGUUGACCUCGAUGGAAUGGACAAUGCGACUCUUUGGAGGUUGCAUUUCUAUGUGGCGACUUUCCAAGCAAGCAACAAGUGAAGAGACUAAAAAUCUCACCAGUUGUUAUUCGGACACUCACAGACUGUAUACACGAAGCCGAGGCUUCAGAAAUAUGCGUACAGAAGUGGGUUUUAAAAAGCGCGUUGUAAAAUGGGGCUGGCAUUCUAUGCUUGAAAUUGCAUAGUAUAGCUGAGGGCUUCACUGUAUGUUUCUCCCCAGCAAUUUUAAAUGUUUGGCUGAGGUGUUGUCUCCACUGUAAAUCAUUAGAGAAUAGUUUCUCAUAUAUGAUAUUCCUGAAUAUUGGAGUACACAGAAUCACAGAUAGAUGAGAUGUUCUUCCAUAGCUAAACAGAUCAAUUGAAAA